CCAGAACGGAAACGCUUAGGAUUACUAAGAAACCCUGGGGCGGAUACUGUAGAGCUUGAACCAAUCAGACUAUAUCAUGUUCGUGAAGCUCGCUCUUCCCGGAUUUAAAGAAUUGUCCGUGACAUAUUCUCAUCAUUUCCGAUCGACUCAAUGAGGAAGACGGGGCAAAGAGGAAGGAUCGGCGUCGUCGUCGAUUAUGUCCACACCCCUUGUCAUCAUCUUACGAUGAUAGAAUGUGAAGAUAAAGGAUAGGUGGUUGAUCAUUAUUCAGACUUGUAUGGCCAUCAACAAACUCACAACUAAGAACUUGUUAAACAUUGACCUUCGUAACUUCAUCAAAGUUUGGACGCAAUACCAAGAAACUAUCAAUUUCCGGAUCAUCCCUGCCCGCAAAACAAUCGACGCGAAGCACGGAAUAUCCGCGUUUUCCUAUCCACAAUGGAAUCCACCAAAACCCAUAAGGCUAAGGAUGACCCCACAAGCACCGGCAGACCCGUAGAUUCCGACGUUGACAUCGAGAGAUCAGUGGAGAAGGCGGAAACCAAGAACGAAAGAUUGGAAGCGAUUCAAAGCGAAGCCGAAAAGCAAAAUGCGUUUAUUAUGGAUUUUCCUGAUGGAGGAGCAAAGGCUUGGUCCGUAGCAGCAGGAGCAGCAGGAGUUUUAUUCUGUACAUUCGGAUAUAUAAAUGCUUUCGGUGUUUACCAAGAAUAUUACCAAACCCAUCAACUCUCUCAUCGAACCCCUUCCGAUAUAUCGUGGAUUGGAUCUCUCCAGGUAUUCUUUCUCUUUAGCGGAAGUGCCGUCGGCGGCCCACUUUUCGAUCGUUAUGGAGGGAGAACUAUAUGGCCUGCUGCUCUUUUAUACGCAUUUAGCGUCAUGAUGACUAGUCUCUGCAAAGAGUACUAUCAAUUUAUGCUUGCACAAGGGAUCCUCGGUGGUGUAGCUACUGGCAUGACCAUGGCACCUGGAAUGACAGCUGUUGGUCAAUACUUUAAUAAAAAGAGAGGCGCGGCAAUGGGCAUUACAGUCGCUGGGUCUUCAGUGGGAGGAGUUAUAUUUCCAAUUGCCCUAGCAAAAAUGUUUGCAAACCCAAAAUUGGGAUUCGGAUGGAGUGUUCGGAUCAUAGGGUUCAUCAUGCUUGCAGUCCUUGGGAUCUCUUGUACGACUAUUCGAGCGCGAUUACCCCCUCGAAAAAAAUCAUUUUUCCUUCCAGCGGCAUUCAAGGAGCUUCCUUAUAUCACUCUACUGAUCUCGGCUUUCUUGAUGAUGCUCGGCGUAUUUAUUCCAAUCUUUUACCUCCCAUCUUAUGCCGUUCAAUAUGGAAUGAGCACGGAGCUGGCUUCAUACCUCAUUUCGAUACUGAAUGGCGCUUCUUUCUUUGGUCGUGUUAUUCCCGGUAUUUUGGCAGACAAAAUUGGUCGACUGAAUAUGUUGUGUGCGGUCGGCGUUUCUACUGGAAUAUUAGUGUUUUGCUGGCAAAGUAUUACUUCUAGUGCCGGUAUCAUCGUUUUCGCGGCCAUCUAUGGAUUUUGCUCAGGAGCCAUCGUGUCACUAGUGACUUUGUGUCUUGCAAUGGUCCCUAAGAACCCUCAAAACAUCGGAACCUAUAUGGGAAUGGGUAUGUUCGUCACGGCAUUUGCAGCAUUGAUUGGACCACCUAUCAAUGGUGCACUUGUCGAACAUUACCAUUCUUUUGAUCAAGUUUCGGACUUUAGUGGUGUCGUGGUGUUGGUUGGUGGAUUAUUUGUUCUCGUGAUUAAGGUUGUGGAAGGUGGGAUUCUGAAGAGGGUUUGAUUUCAUGAAUAUUUAUAUCCAGAAACGAAAAGUGCUAUUUUGCUUCGGCGGACGGGGCAGAACGAAAAUGGGAAUAGGUUAUUGUUUACGGCUAUAGAUCACUUUUGACAUGUCUAGAUUGAUUGAUUCAUCUACGGCGCAACAGAUACCCAAGAGCGGUUGCUAUUGUGUUGCGUGGAAAAAUGCUUAUGGGGUUUUGACUACAAUUCACGAUUUCUCUCCUCAUUAUUUUACGAUCAUCUUUAGAAUAGACUUCUUAAUUACAUAGUCGGCAUUUUUAAUUCUCAUCUACACGAAAGUUU